UUAGAGAUGUGACGGACAGCUGGCCGGUGAAACUCACGGAACGGGCUGAAGUUCCCCGCUUGUAAACAGAACCUCCAAGUUGACGGCUUCUUUACGAACUCUCCUGGCACAAAGAACAGUGUCGUGCGUGGUUUUUAUUUACGUGUUUUCUGUACACAUACAAAUUUCGCUUUGCGUUCUUGUUGGCGAAAAGAAGAUUGCGAUUAAGUACCGCAUCAUCAUCAUCAACAUCAUCAUCAUUGGCUAUGGUUUUUAGAAACCUUUUUUGAUCGGAUCCGGUAGACACCCAAGAAUAAUAUCAACGACCGAAUCGCAACUUAUUUCGCAACUGAAGCGAAAGGUCACGCAUGGGAUUUCGAGAAGAUCGCGAAGCUUUGAACUGAUCGCCAUGGUCCUCUUGUGACCGGGACUGUUCUUAUUGCACGGACAUUCCUCGAUCGUUAUUGACAGCAUUUCGGAGCGACUGGAUCUCCAAGCUGAACAUGUUUUGGGGAUUUCCGCACCGAGAAUGAACACUCUUAGUGCUUUCUUUCGUGCUGAUUAUGCCACCAUUUAUUUAGCUUUGUAAAUAUUCCAAGAGUUAUUCUGAUUAGAGAACUUCAGUUUUGAUAUAUCACGUUUUGUUUUAGAGAGGUCUUUGAGUUGGGAAGCGCCUGUAGAUCUACUCGAAAGUCAUCGAGGAUCGUUUGUAACCUCCUCCUCGCGUGAGAGGAGUUGAACUGUAUCUGUUGGCACCCCAAAAGUGUUACGGGAUAGCAUGGCAAUGGUAGUAAAUCAGUGGCAAGAGAACAUUUCGGCGGAUCCCGGGUCCCAGCUACAGAUUUGCAGUCAGGAGCCCGGCGGGACCCCGGGAACUCCCUCGGGUUCAACCCCGGGCAACGACGCGCACUCCGGGGACAAAAUCCCCAACGUGGACUGCAUGGUGUGCGGAGACAAGUCCAGCGGAAAACACUACGGCCAGUUUACGUGCGAGGGAUGCAAGAGCUUCUUCAAACGCUCGGUGCGACGGAACCUGAGCUACACCUGCCGGGGGAACCGCGACUGUCCCAUUGACCAGCACCAUCGGAACCAGUGCCAAUACUGUCGACUGAAAAAGUGCUUGAAAGUGGGAAUGAGGAGAGAGGCUGUCCAAAGGGGUCGUAUGUCCAACUCACAGUCCAGUCCAGGACAGUAUCUGACCAAUGGGAGUGACCCUUACAAUGGACAGCCUUAUCUUUCCGGCUUCAUCUCGCUGCUCUUGCGGGCCGAGCCAUACCCCACCUCCCGAUAUGGAGCGCAGUGCAUGCAGUCCAACAACCUUAUGGGCAUUGAGAACAUCUGUGAAUUGGCUGCCCGUUUGCUCUUCAGUGCUGUGGAGUGGGCAAAGAAUAUCCCUUUCUUUCCUGACCUACAGCUCAUGGACCAGGUGGCGCUCUUACGCAUGUCGUGGAGUGAGCUGUUUGUUCUGAAUGCUGCUCAGUGUUCUAUGCCACUGCAUGUGGCACCACUGCUGGCCGCUGCUGGUCUACAUGCCUCCCCAAUGUCAGCCGAGCGGGUGGUGGCCUUUAUGGACCACAUACGUGUCUUCCAAGAACAGGUAGAGAAACUGAAAGCCCUUCAGGUAGACACGGCCGAGUACUCCUGCCUAAAGUCCAUCGUACUUUUCACUUCUGAUGCCAUGGGUCUGUCGGAUGUAGCCCAUGUGGAGAGCAUCCAGGAGAAGUCUCAAUGUGCUCUUGAGGAAUACGUGCGGAACCAGUACCCCAAUCAACCCAACCGAUUUGGCCGCCUGUUGUUACGGCUCCCCUCCCUGCGUAUCGUUUCCUCCCCUGUCAUUGAACAGCUCUUCUUUGUGCGUCUGGUAGGAAAAACGCCCAUUGAGACCCUACUACGGGACAUGCUGCUGUCCGGCUCCAGCUACAACUGGCCUUACAUGCCUGUCCAGAGAGACCGCCCCAUCUCCCUCCAUUACAACGAGAAUGGGCCUUGAUCCCGCCUCCUAAUCCAUAUCACACCCUUGCCGCUGUAGGGUCAUGGCCAAUACAGAGAAUCUGUCUGCGAGCCACGGCCCUUUUUUGCCACAUCAUCACUGCUCACUUAUCUGAAGCACCAGCCACCUGUCUCCGAGGAUGGGAACGGACCACUUCGUAAAUACUGGACGGUUGUCUAAGAUAUAGAACUUGGCUGCAGGACAGUUUGGUCAAAUGUGCAGUGUCUGUCCUGACUUUGAUUCAACCACAAGCCAUUAAAGCUGAUGCCAAAAUAUUACCACAAAAGCUAUUGACUCUUGAUGAACCUUGAAAACUGCACCACUUGUUUUAAAAAGAGCGUCAAGAUUCUGUCCAUAUUUGUGUGGUCACGGUAAAAUUCUGACUAAGAUCCUAGCAGCUGAAUUUGGGAUGGACGAGGUUUGUUCUUUGGCCCCGUAAAACUGAGAGAAUGGAAAGACUCUUGCAGAACUUGUUGGAGAGAAAGCCAUUGCCAAUAGAACUCUCUGAAGCAUUUUGUGGAAAUUAUGACUGAGAUGAAAUUUUGCUUGUCUCAUUGUUGAUUUUUUAUUUGCAUUUAGGUCUCUGAUUAAGUGGGAAGACUUGAAAGAGGCACUUGAAACCAGCCAGAUACCCUCAACUCUCUGUGCUCUUCUCAGCUACAUCCAAAUAUUCAGUAUUCAGACAAAAAAGGUUAUUGUGUCAAGCACCCCUGCUGAAAAAAAUAGAAUUGCUGUUCACCAGCUUAUGUUGUAUUUUGGGUGCUGGUCCCCCAGAAUGGGAUGCUGAGCUUCUGGUGUCCACACCAGGCUUUUAAACUAGCUUAACCAGCUUCACCAGCAAGGUUUUGCUAGUGAAAGCAUGGCUAUGCUGGUCCACCAGCUAGACCAGCACCAAGCAAGCACUAUCCAGCAUAAACCAGCCUAGUCCAGCAUGGGAAUUGCAUGCUGAAAUAGCUGGUCUUUUUAGCAGAGACAACAUAUGUCAGUCCUGUUAAAUGCAGGUGUUUAUCUCCUUUAGUUUCAAGAAAAACACUAGGGUGAAAUAGGGUAUUCUGGGACAUCGGGGAAUGUGGGACACAUAAGCUCUAAUAUGUUUUUUUUUUUUUUUUUUGCUAUAUCACAAGCAAGCCCAUGUUAACAUUACACUUAACCCAACAAAAAAUAAAAAUAAAAUGUGGUUAACGGUAAAAUUACCAUAAAAUUCCAUUUGAUGGUCUGACGUGUUGGGGUGACAGUCACAGAAAAUCAAAGUGCAAAACAUGAUCCAGAUUACCUUAAUUCACCCUACAGCAAUGAACUCAAGACCUCAACAAUGCCAACAGUCUGCCUUUGAUGACCAGGUAUAAUGUGUAGCAUAGGUAUCAUCAAGUUUUUUUGUUAAUUUCUAUUGCUCGUUUGCAUAUGUUUAAACCCUGUUGUUUCAUUUUUAACUUGGCACUACAGCUUUUAAGGCAGCAUUUGGAUAUAUAAGCCAUUGGGACCUUUGAAAGCAGGACCUGUUGUUUUAGUUCACAGAAUAUUACUAUAAAGGUAUGUUUUUUCUGUAUUUUAGGUUUGGAAAAAUGAAUUCAUGAAAUAAAAUGCCAUGCACAGA